CAUUGGGAUGGGUAACGGGACGGGCGUGCGUGGGACGGGCGUGCGUGGGACGGGGCAGGCUGGAGGUGCCCACUCGUCCAUUGGGACGGUUAGCGGGAUGGGCGUGCGUGGGACGGGGCAGGCUGGAGGUGCCCACUCGUCCAUUGGGACGGUUAGCGGGACGGGCGUGCGCGGGACGGGGCAGGCUGGAGGUGCCCACUCGUCCAUUGGGAUGGGUAACGGGACGGGCGUGCGUGGGACGGGGCAGGCUGGAGGUGCCCACUCGUCCAUUGGGAUGGGUAACGGGACGGGCGUGCGUGGGACGGGGCAGGCUGGAGGUGCCCACUCAUCCAUUGGGAUGGGUAGCAGGAUGGGCGUGUGCGGGACGGGCGUGUGCGGGACGGGGCAGGCUGGAGGUGCUCACCUAUCCAUUGGGACGGUUAGGGGGACGGGCGUGCGCGGGACGGGGCAGGCUGGAGGUGCCCACUCAUCCAUUGGGACGGUUAGCGGGACGGGCGUGCGCGGGACGGGGCGGGCUGGAGGUGCCCACUCGUCCAUUGGGACGGUUAGCGGGACGGGCGUGCGCGGGACGGGGCAGGCUGGAGGUGUCCACUCGUCCAUUGGGACGGUUAGCGGGACGGGCGUGCGCGGGACGGGGCAGGCUGGAGGUGCCCACUCGUCCAUUGGGACGGUUAGCGGGACGGGCGUGCGCGGUACGGGCAGGCUGGAGGUGCCCACUCAUCCAUUGGGACGGUUAGCUGGACGGACGUGCGCGGGACGGGGCAGGCUGGAGGUGCCCACUCAUCCAUUGGGACGGUUAGCGGGACGGGCGUGCGUGGGACGGGGCAGGCUGGAGGUGCCCACUCAUCCAUUGGGACGGUUAGCGGGACGGGCGUGCGCGGGACGGGCAGGCUGGAGGUGCCCACUCAUCCAUUGGGAUGGUUAGCGGGACGGGUGUGUGCGGGA